CUUUAGUCAUUCUAACUUUCUCGAAGGAAGAGCACGUGGUAUUUUAUCCAAUUAGAAUAACCGUAGUUUUGUCUUUAAUAUAAAUAUGACGGAAGUCGAAGAAAGAAUAGCGCCAACACCCCCUGCUGUUAUCAUCAGCACCCCUAAUGAACAAGAAGAAAGCAACGAGGAAAAACUGUGCAAUCUGAUAGAGUCAUUGGAAAUAAGUUCAAAUGGUCAGAAAAAUGGUAAUCGUGGCGAAAAAUUCGCCUCAAAAAAAGAAUCUCUAACGGAAGAAGAGCUACGUUUAAAACUCGUUGUUGAUUCUAUAAACAAAGAAAAUUUAAAAGAAGAAAACAUAAAAGAAAUAGAAGUAACUAAGGAGGAAGAUAGGCCGACUUCAAAAAGCUCCUCUGAAGUUGAGGAUUGUUCGACAGAGACAACCCCAAGAAAGGGUAGACCAAUUUACGGACGCGGUUCCUCAUCUGAUACAAUUCCUGAAGAGAUAGCCGUGUCAGAUUUAAAUGGUCCACCAAAGCCACCACCUGUUAACGUAGAUCCACCGAAGUCGGGCGAUCGAAGAAAUUCAAAUGAUAAAAGAUUUUCUCCGGAAUCCGAGUCGGGUAUAAGUAGCUCAAGUGAAGGCAGUGAAUCUAUUGCUCUGAGAAAGUUCAUGACACAACUGAAUUUGAUGAAAGAUCCACGUACAAUGGGACUGACACGCCCACCACCAUUGACUUCUGAGCAACAACUAUUAUUAGCUCAUCAGGCAUUUGCCCAGGCUCAUCCGCACUUGGCUGCACUAUCACCAGGUCCUAAUCCGUAUGCAGCUCAUCUUCCAUCUGCUCUUUUCCAGGGUCCCGCUACACCUUCCCCAACAUCACCUCAUUCACCUUCUUUUAAUGUGAACGUUAUGAAACAAAUGCUCGGUAUUCAGACCGAGAAUGGUAAAAUAUUUUCACCGAAGGACGACAAGAUUCCCUUAUCGAUUAAUCAAUUGAUUAACCCAUCCCCAACAACAACAGAUUCCUAUUCAAUUGAAAAAGCAGCAAAAAUGUAUCGAAGUGCUGCAAAUGUUAUGGAACCAACUUGUACUUGGAGUGGUCAUUUACCUCCUAAAUCUCAUAAGAAUCCUAUUUACAGUUGUAAAGUCUUUCUAGGCGGUGUCCCAUGGGAUAUAACUGAAGAAAAUUUAUAUGCAACUUUUAAGAAUUACGGAAAUAUGAAGAUUGAGUGGCCAACCACCAAAGACGGUGCUACCGGAAUUCAAACUCGUAGUGCUAAAGCUGGAUAUGUAUAUAUUCUCUUCGAAAACGAAAAAUCUGUUCACGCAUUGUUAACUUCAAGUGCACAAGAUUAUUCACAAGGAGAAUAUUAUAUAAGAAUUUCUUCGAGGAGAAUGAGAUCCAAGGAAGUUCAAAUAAUACCCUGGGUUUUGUCUGAUUCAAAUCAUGUUAAGCAACCAUCUCAAAGAUUAGAUCCAAGUAAGACGGUUUUUGUUGGCGCUCUUCAUGGAAUGAUUAAUGCUGAAGGUCUAGCCCAUGUAAUGAACGACCUAUUUGGUAACGUUGUUUACACGGGAAUAGACACUGACAAACAUAAAUAUCCAAUUGGAUCGGGAAGAGUUACUUUCGGAACUAUGAAGUCGUAUUUGAAGGCAGUUACUGCUGCAUUUGUUGAAAUUAAGACGACGAAAUUUACCAAAAAGGUUCAAAUUGAUCCAUACUUAGAGGACUCUCUCUGUACAAUUUGUACCAUACAAUCCGGUCCAUACUUUUGCCGUGAUUUGUCUUGUUUUAGAUACUUUUGUCGCAACUGCUGGCAAUGGCAGCAUGCUUUAGAUGCUUUUAGAUCUCACAAACCGUUGAUGAGAAAUUCCCGAAAUUAUCCUAGCAACGUUAUUCUUUCUAACUCACCAGCUGUUUUUCAUUGA